UUCCUUCCAUGUUGUAGAGAAUCGGUUGUACAAAAUUGUAAAUGCGGUGUACAAUUUUUACUGUGACUGACAAUACAUGAACUACGUAUACUAAAUAAUUGUAUUUUCAAUUAAAGCUGAUAAAAACAUGGAACAAUAUGCGAUCGUUCGUUUCAAAGAACAGGAAGAGAAUAGUAAAAUUCUUGAUUUGGUCCCAAUUUCGUGGGUGCGUGGAGAUGAGAACAGCAGAUACACAUUAUACCCGGAGCCAUGCGAUUACCACCACAUUGAAAAGUGGUUAUCAUGUUCGAAAGAGCCGGAGGAAAACUGGAAAUCUUUUGCAAUAGAAGUCAUUGCAUAUGCAGAAAUGUGCUUGGGGAAUGAAGAAAGGAAUCUGGAGAUAGCAGAUAUUCCUUUUUUAGAAGAAACUGCCGCUAUAGAGAUAUCAAAUCUAUCACCGAAUAAUGAUCCCGUUACGAAAGAAUAUAUAAACCACAAGUUCAACGAAUUACAAGAAGCAAUAUCGAGCCAAAUAGCUUCUGCUAAAAGAAGCAUUUUGUACGAUUUGGAAAAAAAUAUAAAUGAUAUUAAACAUACACUUUUAUUCAACAGUGCGACAGGGUCAUCUACCUUACAAGGUAGUACAGAAAAAAUAAAAAAUGAUUUAAACGUAAUUUUCCAUGGUAACCUUGGAAGAUUUUUUACAAUUUGAAGAUGCAUUAAUGGAUUCCCAAAUCAAAAGAGAAUCAUUGACAGCAUUAUUCAGAAUUUUAAUAGCUGGCGAUACAACCGUAAAAGACAGUAUCGCUAAAUGUCUAGGGUCAGUGAUAGUUAAAGCAAUUGAACUGGAAUAUUCGGGAACCGGAAAAGUGAUUAACGGUCGAGGAAAAAGAAAUUUUAGUGCAACAAAUACAUAUGUGUGUUUAAGAGAAGCUUUGAUCGAAAAACAUAACACCCUCGACAUAAAAAGAUUACCAGGCCAGGUGGGCAUGUGGCUGUCUCGAGCUGGUGAUAGAGAAGGCGGCCGAAAAAAGCGAUACAAA